GAGGAGAGGGGAGACAGGAAAGGGAGAUGAGGAGAGAAAUGGGGUAAGAAGGAGGACCCAAGGAUUGGCAAAAGCAUUGGGUACUGCAUACCCCUGUCCCACAUCCUGCUCUGGAUACCCCUUGAAGCCCCACAUGCUCUUGGAUGCCUCAAUUUUGAGGGACUGGAGGAAGAAAGGGAGCAUUUUUGGGCAAGAGGGCAGGGAGAGGAUGGCUGGAAACUGCCUGCCUUUGGAGCCCCAGCCUACGUCCACAUCCCAGCGUGUCAUGCAGAGAGAUAUAAAUAUAUAUAUAUAGCAGCCAGCAGCACAGGAGUCAGACUCCAGCUUAUCCGCCUACUGCCCGGCGCUGCUCCAGGGAAGCUGGAACAGGCCUAGCCCGGCCAGCUGAGUCCCUUUUUCCCUUCCCCAAAAGUCUAUUCCUGUCAGCUUUCCCCAUCCCAGAACAAAGUGACCCAAUGGGGGAGCCUUUGCCUCCCUUCCUCCAGGGAAAGGGAGGUUUUUCGGCAGUUGGGAAGGCUGGGAAAACCUUCCUGGCCACCCACAGGCAUUUCCAGCCACUCUUCCCCCUGCUGAGACCACCCUAAACAUCUCCUCACCCACUUUUGGAGUACGUCUGCGGUGGAGGGCAGGCGGGAGAGGAGGAGGAGGAGGGAAGAGGCUGCUUUCGGCAGCUCCAGCCAACUAGACAUCUGGAUUAUUCCCCCUCACCCCCCUUUUUGGUUUCCGCUCUUCCCAGCAAGCAGAACAGCUCUGGCCAUUCCUGGUGGAAAACGAGGGGAUUGAGGUGCUUGCUGUGCCACCCCAACCAGAGGUCCUGUUACCCGCUGCCCAUCUCUGACCACCUCCCUUGUGCUCAGUGGCAGCAGAAGACAGAGGAUUAAGUCCUAAGCCCACAGCCAGACACAGCUUCCAGUGGCCACUGCAACACAAGGGGUGACCUUGGACUUCCCCUGGGAACACCUCCACACCACCACCAACCUCACCCCUGAGGACAUACCCACAACGUAGUGCAGAGAAGAAAGGGAACAGGCACCCUUCCCACCCGCUGAAAGCCAAGGUGACGUGAGCCAUUCCUCUGAGAGCACUGGAGCAGAAGCAGUGGAGAGGCCGGGGAUGUGACAGACCACUCUGGUGCUGGAAGCCCUGUGAGGGCUUGAGUUUGUGGCUUUUGCAGGAGUAGGGGUGAGGUGAGGGGUGCAACAUGAGUUUGGGAAAGCUGCCAGUGCUCAGCUGGGUGUCAGGAUCCCAUGGCAAGCGGCGGCUGAAGUCAGAGCUGACACCAGACAUGAUCAGCCCACCACUGGGGGACUUUCGGCACACCAUGCAUGUGGGGCGUGGUGGAGAUGUCUUCGGGGACACCUCCUUCCUCAGCAACCAUGGUGGGGCUGAAACAGCCAAAGCCAACAACUUCUUCACCCGAACGUUGCGACAUGUCCGCCGGACGCCACUGAAGAGCCGGGGCAGUGGAUGCCAAGCGAAGGCAUCUCCUGCCCCUCCACCCAUCUCACCCAUCAUCAAGAAUGCUGUCUCGCUGCCACAGCUCAAUGAGGGAAUGUACGAUGGUGGCAGUGGCAGCCAGAGCUUGACCAGCAGGUUCUCCUUCAAAAGCGCCUCCAACAGCUUCUCCAAAACGCACCAGGUCUACGGGCUGGAGUCAGGGUUUUGCACCAUCCCUCGCGUCCCUCGCUUGGAAAAGGCCCAAGAGAAUGCCUUCACUGGAGAAGAUGAGUUGAACCGCUCUGACUCCCUGCUCUCCUUUCGCCUGGACCUGGGGCCCUCCCUGAUGAGUGAGCUCCUCCAGGUGAUGAGCUUCUCUGAAACCAAUGGAAACGAGGUAGGGGAGGAUGGCGCAGACCUCCCAAAUGCUGAGGGGACCAAGGACGAGGUCCUUCCAGCAUCGGGUGCAGCCCACGGAGAGGACAAGGCAACAUUAAGCUACUGGGACCGCUCUGGGCAGACCAGCCUGUCAGGGGCCAGUUCACUGCCAGGACUGUCAGUCCAUGCCAACGGAGAGGCACACGCCAUCGAGGGUGCUGGAAAGGACCCUGCCUGGGCUUCAGGGCCGGGGGCAGUGCCCAGAGGGACACCAUGGCAGGGGCACUGGAACGACUGCAGCAUUGAGGCAGGAGAGUUUGACCGGGCAGCCCAAGUCCUGGCUCGCCAUUAUGGUGGGACCAGCACUCCGCGGAGCUCAGAGAAGGUCGAGGGUCCCCGGCAGGCCCGGACGCAGACCCUGUGGGAGAGCCCCAGCAGCAGCUCGUGGAGGUCACAAGUGACAGGGGAGAGCCUGUCCCCCGAGGCCACUUGGAACCAAGGUGAGGAGGAGGCUGAGCUCUCCAGCCUGCAGGAGGGAUACGUUGGUGCCCGGGGGAUGCACAGCAAUUCCUUUGAGUAUGCCGAUGAGGAGGAGGAUGAUGAAGUCAAGGUGUGAACAGCCUUCCUUCCUGUCAUGGCCCCCUGUUGUAGGCACUGGUGCCAAAGUCUUCGCCCUCCUCCCUAUCCCCCAGCCUCAGGAACCAUCAUUAUCAGUAGACCCAGUGGGCAACCUCCUUGCCAGGCUGAGGGAACUGAGGGGCAGGAGGAGAGUCUAUGUCCCAGGGGGGCUCCUCGGGGCUGGGCAAGGCUGCUGCAGGGGGACAGUGAGGGCUUUGCAUCACAGCAGCAGGCAUCACAAUCCCUCCUCGUCUUCACUGCCAUUAGAUGCCAAAGGGACAUUCCCAUGUGCCAAGGAAAUCCUAAACACCUUCCUACCCCAUCCCAUUCCCCCCAGGUUCUCUCCCUUAACUCAGCCUAGCCCUGACAGCAUGUCUGAGGAUGUGCCCUGUCUUCCCACCAAAGCCCUCAACCACCUUCUGCACUGGCCUGGGUGCCCUCCCAGAGAUAUUCUCACAGACAGCUCUGGCACAUGGGGGAUGGGGGUCUCCUCAGCUCCAGCUGAUGCCAGACCCUCCCAUAUAGCACAUCUAUCUACCAGGGGAGGUCAGCUGGGGUCUCAAGGGGUAGACAAACACCACAGAGCUGGGCUGUCUCUUCUUCCUUCCCCCAAAAAAAUGUCAUCAACUCAGUGUUCAGGAGGUGAGAGCAUGUGCGGAGAUAAUUGCAGGGGCCUUUCCACUUGCCUCCUGCCUGCUGUGCGUCACUUAGGAUUGCUCCUUUGCCAACCCCCACCCCCUCACAGCAGUGAGAGGAGAAACUUCUUGGCUGUCUGGAGGCAGAGGGGUGGUUGUCAGGUCAUUGAAUUCUGCAGCUUGGCCCCAAAAAUCCCUCCCCUUCCCCCCAGCUCAGAACAAGGAGACUCCCACUCUGCAGCCACUCAGUCUCCAUCCUCACUGCCUCUCCCCAUUCCCCAGCAUGUGCCUUACUUUCCAACAUGCCCCUUCCUAGGGGGAUGUGUGAAGGAUGGCUAAUGCCCCUUGCCAAGUGGCCCUGGGUGGUGUGGCCGCCUUGGAACGAGCUGACCCCCACGCUGCUCCGCGUGCAAACUGGCCCUCACAGAAGUGCCUUUGUGCCAUGGCGUGGAGCUGAGAUGCUCGGGGGCUGAGGUCACUGGAGGGACCCUCACAGGACCCCCUUGUUCUUCAGGACAGGAGGGAGUGUUCAGCAGGGAGAGAUUCUGGGCAGUGACCACAGGGCUCUGCUCCCACGUGGCUCACCCACCGCCCAGCAGCUUCUGGCAGAGAGCUCUUCAGAGCAGAGUAAUGUCUCUGGCAUGGAUACGUGUGGUGUGCAGAAGUGCCACUCGCAGUCAGGGCAUCAAGGUUGUAGGCGAGUCCACCUCCUCCAGCCUCACACUGGCCAGCAGAAGUAAGCUGGGGCAGGCAGCAGCUUCAAGGAGUCCUCAGCUCUGGCCACUGGCACCCAGCAGGAUCAGCUUUACCACCCCUGCACCCCCUGGGGCAGGGACCCUGGCUCUCAGGAUGAGCUCCUUCUGCCCUCCACUUCCCAGAUCAUAACAUAAGCUCCAGACCAAAGACCUGCACCCACGGAAUAUCCUUUCUGCCUCCACUCUGUAUCCCAUGCACUUAUUAUUGUCCUUAUUAAAGCAGUUUUGAUACUAACUUCU